AAGUAGCAACACAAGCCUAGCCAUGACGAUGAGGAAGCGCCCCUCUUGGUCCUCCCUUCUGAUAGCAGCGCUGCUGCUUAUGUUUCUUCCAUUGUUUGCUCUUGCUGCGGGGAGGCAGAACUUGAUUACUAGAAACCCUCAGGGCGGCCCACGGGCUAACCCAAAUCCAGAACCACUACCAGGGAAACAACCAGAUCCAAACCCUCAACCAUUACCUGACCCACAACCACUUCCGGGAUCACGACCAGACCCAAACCCAAAACCACUACCCGAGCCUAAACCUCAUACAAACCCACAACCACUGCCAGAGCCACAACCUGACCCAAACACUCAACCAUUACUAGGACCACACCCUGACCAAAAUCCACAACCAUUGUCAAGCCAAAACAUGCACAUGUUGUUGAACCCACGGCCAAACCCAAACCCGCAGCUACUACAAGACCCACGGCCAAACCCAAACCCUCGGCCAUUACCAGGCCCACGACCUGAUCCAAAUCCACAACCAUUACCAGACCCAAACCCGAAACCAUCGCCAAACCCACAACCAAACCCAAACCCUCAACCAUUACCAGGAUUGCAGCCUGAUCCAAACCCACAACCAUUACCAGACCCAAACCCGAAACCAUUGCCGAACCCACAGCCAAACCCAGACCCUCGGCCGUUACCAGGACCACAGCCUGAUCCAAACCCACAACCAUUACCAGACAAAAACCCGAAGCCAUUGCCGGACCCAGAACCAAACCCAAACCCUCAGCCGUUACCAGGACCGCAACCUGACCCAAAUCCAAAACCAUUGCCGGACCCAAACCCGAAGCCAUUGCCAGACCCACAACCAAACCCAAACCCUCAGCCGUUACCAGGACCGCAACCUGAUCCAAACCCACAACCAUUACCGGACCCAAACCCACAACCACUGCCAGGCCCACUGCCUGACCCGAAUGCACAACCAGGACCACCACUUGGGACACAAGCAAAAGAAGAAAACGGGGAAGCAAACGUCCAAGAGGAACCAUUGGCAUGAGAUGUUCGGUUACACCAACCGUGCCAGAUAUAGUAUCAUCGUUACCUAUAUUUCCGGUUGGAUUAAAUAAGUGGUGUGUUGUAACCCAUCACCAUCAAGUCAUGCCAUGCUAUAUAAUGUCAAGAUCAAUCAAGAUUCGGGUAUGAUGCCCACGUAAAUCUUGUGAUUGUUCUUAUUUACUUUCCUGCCUUGUACUAAGGAUAAUGUUAUGUGUGUGCCGGUUGUACUACAAUUGUGUGAUGAUACAUAUAUUAAAUUUACUACUUUGUACCUUUA